AAAUGCUUUGAUCCUCAAGUAAAUUGCCUCCGCAUGUCAAGUUUUUAAUAUUUGCAUGUCGAUAUUGCAUGUUUUGCAGCUGGCAUAUUUUUAAUCCUUCUCGUUUGCCGUAGUGAGCAGGUAGCGGAACGGCGGGGGAGGAGCGGUUUGCUUGACGUGGACGUUCAUUUCCGUAAAGCGAUGAUGGAGCAGUAGCAGCGUGCCAAAUCUAAGCGAUCCCCGCAUUAACCUUAAAUCGAGACGGGAUUUGGCCGUCAAUCCCUCGGUCGCGUUUGGGUUCACGGAAGUCACACUCGGACUGAUCCCAUUCUGCUCCCGCCCCGCCCCACCCAUCGCCUCCUCCUCCCCCCAGCUCAGCAACAAUCAUGAUAAAAGCCAUUUUAAUAUUCAAUAACCACGGCAAGCCGAGGCUGUCCAAAUUCUACGAACAUUAUACUGAAGACACCGAGCAACAAAUUAUCAGAGAAACCUUCCACCUGGUCUCCAAACGAGAUGAGAAUGUCUGCAAUUUUCUGGAAGGUGGAAUGUUGAUCGGGGGAUCCGACUACAAGCUGAUCUACAGACACUAUGCCACGUUGUACUUUGUGUUCUGCGUGGACUCAUCAGAAAGUGAACUAGGAAUUUUAGACCUAAUACAGGUAUUUGUGGAAACGUUGGACAAAUGCUUUGAGAAUGUCUGCGAACUUGACCUCAUUUUCCAUGUAGACAAGGUCCAUAACAUUCUGGCAGAGAUGGUGAUGGGCGGGAUGGUGCUAGAGACCAACAUGAACGAGAUAAUCACUCAGGUGGACGCCCAGAACAAGAUGGAGAAGUCCGAGACGUUUAUCUUUCAGUCUACCAGGCAGGACAGGUAGACACAGGUACUGCUAAAAAUCUACAACCAAGUACUGUAACCCUAACUGAAGUUUACUCUCCCCUUUCCCACCUCCUCUUUCUCCUCUUCCUUUCCGCGUCUUUCCAUACGGAAGCCACGCCAUAAAAAGAUGUCAAAUAACUUCACUAACAUGCACCAGGAAUCUUUCAGGACAGACCCAAAAAUGUCACUGGCUGAAACAAAUUGAAAUGUCUGCUUCGAAGCUUCUCACUCAUCACUUUUCUACAUGGACUCACACACCACUCAAUGUCGAAAUGCUUUAAGUUGACGCUCGGAGUGAGUCUCUAGGAAAGCAAAUGUAAAACAUAAAAGUUUGGAAUCAUUUCCGACUUGAAAAUGAAUAUAUAGCACGGUGCAGAACUAAUUCAUGUACAAUAACAUGUUUACAAUUGCCAACGCUAGUUAUCUACGUUAGGUAAUUAAAUGUAGCCUACCACUGAUUCUUAAAAUUAAUUGUAAGGCCCCCACCCCCACAAGUGGUCAAGAACGGACGGAUGGAUGGAUAGACAGACAGACAGACAGACAGACAGACAGACAGACAGACAGACAGACAGACAGACAGACAGACAGACAGACAGACAGACAGACAGACAGACAGACAGACAGACAGACAGACAGACAGACAGACAGACAGACAGACAGACAGACAGACAGACAGACAGACAGACAGACAGACAGACAGACAGACAGACAGACAGACAGACAGACAGACAGACAGACAGAUAGAUAGAUAGAUAGAUAGAUAGAUAGAUAGAUAGAUAGAUAGAUAGAUAGAUGCGCUGAAAAGUUCUAAGGACAUCUUGGUCCAGUUUUUGUAUCUUGUAUGUAAUAUGGUGACUCAAACAUCCAUUCCUACAUGAGCAGCUACGAUUGACUUGUUAACGGGUUAGCACGUUAACAGCUAGCCGCAAACCUCAACUCACAACAGUCAACUCCACAUUUAUAUUCAUUGACUCUCACAUCAUGUCAAAACAUUCCAAAUCAAUAUUAAGUUUUUCUACAAUUCCGUCCUCUGUUCUGAAGGAUUUACGCAGUUGGUACCAUGACCCUCAAACAUUGUUAACUGGGCCUGUGUGCCAAGCGCUUGCAUGACCAUGGGAAAGUCACUUGAGUGGAGGAAUGUACGUACAUUCCUAACAUGUCCCAUCCUGAGCAAUGAAUGUACGGCUUUGUUCACUAGUGACCGGUCACUUUUGGGUCCGUCUUGCAUAAAAGAUUCACACGAGGGGGAUCUCUAACCACAGUAAUUCUCAAAUUUGGAUGAUAAUGACAAAGUAAUUGUUCCGUAGAUAAAACCUCUAAAUCAGUGAUUCCCAACCACUGUGCCAAGCACAUAGAACAAAUGAUUACAAAGACAGUUUUUGGCUUUGCUUAACAUUUUAAGUUCAAUACAUUUCAUCUUUUGCUGUUUGUUUUUAAACAGUUACAUUUAAGUAUAUUUUCUAAAUGUAACUCAAUGUGGAAAUACAUCAAUUAAAUGGACAAACACAAAAAUGAAAUACAAAUAAUUUAUGUCGAGUUUCUACUGUGUACUUUGUCGUGCGGUGGGGGGGGGGGGGUGGGGGCCACGAACCAUUACACUACAUAAAAACGUUAACCUGCCCAUCCGUUGCUAUUCGUAGAUGCAAAUACUCAUGUAAAAUAUGUGCCUUGGCGCAAAGUCUGAGAAACACUGGCCUAAAUUGUUCCAGUUGAGACUCACUGUAUUAGAGUGACUUUCCUCCUCCGUCCGCAGAGCAGAUCUUCCAGCGUAGAUGAGUGUAAGCUUUAACCUCCCCCCCCCCCCCCCAUUGUCAUCAGUUAUCAACCUGUUCAAGACAGUACUGCAUCCGCAAAAACAAUGCAGUUAACUAACAUAUAAGGGCUGUAUAACAUCCAAUGUAGUACUGUUUUAUGGUUUCCUCCCGCUCUUUUUCAUUCUAAACAUACUGUACCUUUUCAGUCUUCAUUUCCAAAUCCAUAUCCCAAUUCUCUCUUUGGGCCCCUCAAGAGUCCGGUGGGUUCACUCUGAGCAAUGCUUGACCAACGGCCCACACCAGUUCAUCCAAAAUAGUGAAUGACCUCACAAUGGAUUCGGAAUUGGCCCUGGUUGUGACGUAUCAACGUAGCACCGCAUACUGCAUGUGCAUCUGACGCUAUGACGGCAUCUGAAUGUACAUAACGCACAUGUGUGUGUCAUGGUAGUCGUCGGUGCUUUGGCAUCGUGUCAACAGUCUUGUCGAGUAACGUGUAGUGGUUACGUUUGUCCCUCGUCUCUACCGUUUAAUGUGACUGUUUGAUGAAGCGCUGGAAUUUUAAUGUUGUGUCGUUGCACGUGUGUGUGUGUGUGUGUGUGU